UCCUUUCCAUACUUCAUAGUCUGGUUUUAAAAAUCCGAUUGUAUCGGUCAGGAUCGUUCAGAUUAGAUUGGUAUUGGUUGAGACUGAUUCCUAAUCCUGAUCAGUGUAAUCCGAUCCUAACGAAUACUUGUUGCUACUCGUUGAGAAAGAAGAUCUCUUUGGUCAUUUUCUUCUCUGCAACUGAAACUGCAACUGCAACUGCAACUUCAUGGCAGCACAAAAUUGGGCUUCCACCUCCUCCUCUGCUGCUUCCACAGUUGGAUCUUCCAGCAAUUACGAUGUGUUUCUCAACUUCAGAGGAGAAGAUACUCGCAAUAACUUCACUGGUUUCCUUCACAAAAUUCUGAAAGACAGGGGAAUUAAUGCCUUUAUUGAUAGUGAAAAUUUGAGGACUGGAGAAGCCAUUGGCCAAGCCCUCCUUGGAGCGAUUCAGGGCUCCAAGAUUUCGAUCCCUAUCUUCUCUAAAGGUUAUGCGUAUAGCAAAUGGUGCUUGCUUGAACUUGCUCAGAUAGUUCAAUGUCAAAGAUCCAACGGUCAAAUGGUCCUGCCUAUAUUCUUCUACGUUGAGCCAUCACAUGUUCGGAACCAAACUGGAAGUUUUGAAGAAGCAUUUCGGGAAUACGAAAAGAUUUUGGAGCCCCAUAUAGUGGAGAGUUGGAGGGAAGCUUUGAGAGUGGUAGGGAAUUUGAAAGGAGAAGUUCUCGACGAAACUAAGGAUCAAGCAGAGUUGGUUGAAUUAGUUGUCAAAAGGGCUCUAAGUGAAUUGGUCAGUAGCACACAGUUGGCUGGGUGUAAGUACCGUGUUGGAAUGGAUUCCAGUGUGAAUGAUCUAUUAUCAUUAUUAGAUAUUGGCUCCAAGGAUGCUCAUUUCGUGGGAAUCUGUGGUUCUGGAGGCAUCGGGAAGACAACUAUUGCCAAGGCUGUAUAUAAUCACAUCUUUUCAUCCUUCAAGAGGCAUAGUUUUCUUUCAGAUGUUAGAGAACAAGCAAUGCAAUACAUGGGUCUAGUGUCUUUGCAAAAACGACUAUUUAAAGAUAUCUUCAAAGCAGACUUUGAUAUAGGUGAUUUUCAUACUGGAAAAAAAUUGAUAGAAGAAAGAGUCUGUAAAGAAAAGGUUCUUCUUGUUCUUGAUGACGUGGAUGGUAAUGAACAAAUAGAUGCUUUGGCUGGUGGACUCAAUUGGUUUGGUCACGGAAGUAGGGUCAUAAUUACAACCAGAGAUGAACAUAUUUUGAACGUCGCUAAAGUUAACAGAGAUAAAAUAUAUAGGCCUCAAUUGUUAGAUCAAGAACAUUCUCUUCAACUAUUUAGUUGGCAUGCCUUUCAAAACAACCAACCUCCUGAAGAUUAUAUGCAACUCUCACGUAUUGUAGCAAUCCAUUCUGGAGGGUUGCCGUUAGCUCUUGAGGUGUUUGGCUCUUACCUAUCGGACCUAAGCAACAAAGAAGAGUGGGAAAGUACAAUACAAAUAUUGAAAGAAAUUCCUCCUGAAGAAGUCCAGAGAAGGUUGAAGAUAAGCUAUGACAAUCUAGAAAAUGAUUAUCAAAAGGCCAUAUUUCUUGAUGCUGCAUGCUUUUUCAUUGGAUGGAAGAAAGAAAUUGUAAUUUCCAUAUGGGAAGCUUGUGGCUAUCAUCCAAAAUCAUCAAUAUGCAGAUUAAUAAAAAGAUCCCUUCUAAAAUUUGAAGAUAGUUGGGAUGGUGAAUGCUUGAUGAUGCAUGACCAUAUUCGAGACAUGGGAAGAGAAAUUGUCUUAGAAGAAGGCCGUAUGGAGCCAGGAAAGCGUAGUAGGUUAUGGUCUUAUGGCGAAAUCUUAGAAGUAUUGGAAGGAAAUAAGGGAACUGAUAUGAUAAAAGGCAUGAGUAUCCCCUAUGCCUCAAAGCUGCCUAUUAAUUUCACUAGUGAACCUUUUGAGAUGAUGCCUAAUCUAAGAUUUCUUAACAUUAGUUCAUCAAACUUUGUGGGAGACCUUUCACACUUUCCUUCUUCAUUAAGAUGUUUCGAGUGGAAAAACAUACCUUCAGAUACUUUACCUACUAACUUUUAUCAUAAGAGAUUAGUUUAUCUCAACAUAUCAGAGAGCAAUGUUAAACAAGUUUGGAAAAUCAGGCCUCAUGAUGAAAAUCAGCGGUUCCAAAAGUUGAAAGUUCUUGAUCUAAGUACCUGUGUCUAUCUAUCUAAGUCUCCGGACUUUUCAUGGUUCCCUUACUUGGAGCAAUUAUAUCUUGGAGGAUGCUAUUUAUUGGAUGAGUUAGAUGACUCCAUUGGGCAGUUGUGUCAGCUCAAAAGUCUUAUUCUCAUAUCAUGCGAAGCACUCAAAAAGUUGCCUGAGUCUAUUGGUGACCUAAAAUCUCUAGUCAAUCUUGACCUGUCGGAUACAUCAAUAAAAGAACUUCCAGACAGCAUUUGUAGGAUGAGUUCUCUCAAAGAGCUUGCUCUUAUAUGGUGUAAUUCACUCAAGAAGUUGCCUGAGUCCAUUGGUGAACUAAAAUCUCUAGUGAAGCUCGACUUGGGGGAAACACAAAUAGAAGAACUCCCAUACAACAUUUCUUGUAUGAGUUCUCUUAAAGAGCUUAUUCUUACAUCAUGUAGGUUACUCAAAAAGUUGUCUGAGUCCAUUGGUGAUCUAAAAUCUCUAGUCAAGCUUGACUUGAGGAAGACACAAAUGGAAGAACUCCCAGACAACAUUUCCAAGAUGGGAUCUCUCAAAGAACUUAUCCUCACAUCGUGUAAUUCACUCAAGAAGUUGCCUGAGUCUAUUGGUGAUCUAAGAUCUCUAGUCAAGCUUGAGUUGUCAGAGACACAAAUUGAAGAACUCCCAGACAGCAUUUCUAGGAUGAGUUUUCUCAAAGAGCUUACACUUAAAUCAUGCAACUCACUCAAAAAGUUGCCUGAGUCUAUUGGUGAUCUAAAAUCUCUAGUCAAGCUUGACUUGACGGAGACAAAAGUGGAAGAAAUCCCAGACAGCAUUUCCAAGAUGAAUUCUCUAAAAGAGCUUAUUCUCAUAUUUUGUGAUUCAUUCAAAAAAUUGCCUGAGUCCAUUGGUGAUCUAAAAUCUCUAGUAAAGCUUGACUUGACGAAGACACAAAUAGAAGAACUCCCAGACAACAUUUCCAGGAUGAGUUCUCUCGAAGUGCUUAUUCUCAAAAGGUGCAUUUCACUCAAGAAAUUGCCCAUUGGUGUUGGACUAUUAGAGAAGCUUGAGGUAUUAGAUGCUGAAGAUUGCACUAAACUAGUGAAGCUACCAAGAUCAAUGGGAAGAAUGAGACGGCUGCACAGCAUUAACCUAACUUGGACCAAUAUUUCUAAAUUCCCUGAUGAUUUUUUAAUGCUCUCAAAUUUAGUGAAUUUGGAAAUCAAUCAUUUGAGGUCGCUUCAGUCUCUCCCAAUAGAUAUGUCACCUGUGAAAACCUUGAAGAAAUUAAUGAUUUGUCAAUGCAAGAAGUUGAAAUACAUCUUGAUGCUUCCCUCAAGUUUAGUUGAACUUUGUUGUGAAAAAUGUGUUUCAUUGGUACGACGACCAGAUUUGUCAAAGCUGAAAAAUUUGACAACAUUGAAUCUUAGGUAUUGCAAAAAGCUAGAGGAGAUUCCAGGCCUUGAGGGAACAGAAUCGUUGAAAGAAUUGAGUGCACAAGGAUGCUAUAACUUGACACGUACUCCAAGGCAGAUACAGGGAACACUUUUACCAAACGACAGGGAACUUAGUUAUAGUUAUUCCUUGACUGCAAAUAAUGGGAUCUAUAAUAAUGGAUUUAUUCUUUGCCUUGUUCUGGAAUUCUUCUCCACCAUUGACUACAAUCUGAAAGUGAAAGAGGGUCACAUAUUAAGGACCAAUAUAGAAAUUUGUGCUUGUAUCCACCAAAAAGAUAAAAAAAUGAAGUGCUUUCAUACGCUGAGAAUUAAGGAUCUUGAGUAUACUACUGAUCGAGAUGUAAUCUACAUUCACCAUUUCAAAGGCUUUGACUGGUUUGGGAUUCCAUUGCAAGAAAAAGAUGUUAUUGAGAUUUUAUAUAUCCGUACAUACCGGUUCAAAUUAAAAUUCUGGGAGAUCUUGUUCAAGAACAGAGAACCUGACCAGCAAAAGCCUAAUUCGAGUUCAGUAGCAGAUUUCUUCAAUUGGUCAUAUGUUGAUGAUGAUGGUGGAGCAGUGACAUUAAAUUAUUGGCCCAACCAGCAAUGGAGGAGGAGGAGUACCAUAUCCCAUUUCUUUAGUCGUGUAGGAUUCGACCCUGUUUCUGAGGGUCUCUACUAUUGAGGCAUAAGGUCCUUCUAUUAGCAUGACUAUGGAAAUAUUUCUUCUGGACAAGAAUGAUGAGACAACUGUUGAUUCUGAAGUUCACUGAUUGUUAAAGCUUUGCUUGCAGGAUAUGAUGCUAACAACCCACCAAGAGUUUGGAAUCCAUCUACUGAAUCAUCUCAGAAGAUGAGUUCCUAAUAAAUGCAGAAGUCAUCACUAACAGUCUACUUGCUCAUGGCUUUAAGGUGUCAAAGAAGGGCCACAUAGACUAUCUAAUCUCAGUCCAGAUGAGCAAAGAACUCAGGUGACUUUAUGGUCCAUGGCCAAAUCGAUCACCUCUCAUGUUUGGGGGUGAUGCAAGGCAAAUUGAUAUGAGCAUAUAGAAUCUCAUCACAAAUCCUGUAUUGCUGAAAAUAAAUUCUUUUAGCACAAACAACAUGGAGUUUCCUUACAUCUCUGGCACAAAUGUUUUAAGUGGCAAAGGGGUUCUCACCAAGCAAUCUAUAAGUUUGAAGUGUGAACCCAUAUUGGAAACAGGUGUUUCAGUUCCUACUAGCUGUAUGGAUCAGAAUUCUAAAGGUUAGGUUGUUGAAGCUCUUAGCUAACACCUUGAACAGAUCUGUUGGAAGGAUUUCUCGGGAAAGAAGCAAACAAAAGCCUGAUAUUUGCUUCUAUAAGAAGAAGGUUCUCUUGACAUCUUAUGGAAGGUUUCUACUUUAAUUCAUUUUUAUAUUUAAUUGGUAACAUCACUGUCAGUAUUGCUUCUUAUACUUGUUUGAAUGUUUUCUGUGUGAUGAUGAAGAGAAAAUCAACAAAAAGAAAUAAGAAGGAAAA